AUGGACUCCACCAUUAUUUGUUGUUCUAACAAAUAUGGUGGUUUGAUGGCUUCACCGCUCACCUCCACCGCCGUCGCCGCCGUAUCCGGUGCCGAUCGUCAUUUUCUGCCCUGUUUAUCACUUCUCUCGCGGUGGCCCUCCUCACCCGUCGCGAAACACCGCCGGAAUCAUGUCAUCCGGGCUCUCCAGCCUGUUCAUUCCUACUCCGACACUACCAAUUCUAUUCCCCCUAACAGUCGUACAUACACGGUUGGCGAUUUUAUGACCAAGAAAGAUGUUUUGCAUGUAGUCAAGGCUUCUACUCCUGUUGAAGAUGCAUUGGAAUCUCUUGUAGAUAAAAGAAUUACAGGCUUCCCAGUUGUUGAUGAUGAUUGGAAAUUGGUUGGGGUUGUUUCUGAUUACGAUUUAUUAGCACUUGACUCUAUCUCAGGUGGUAGCCAAGCUGACACAAGUUUGUUCCCUGAUGUUGAUAGCACUUGGAAGACAUUCAGCGAGCUUCAGAAGUUGCUUAACAAAACUAAUGGGAAAGUUGUUGGUGAUCUCAUGACUCCUUCACCGCUGGCUGUUCGUGAAAACACUAAUCUUGAGGAUGCAGCUAGAUUGUUGCUGGAGACAAAGUACCGUCGACUACCAGUUGUUGACGCUGAUGGCAGAUUGAGGUGCCCUCCAGAUAAAACGUGCAAGCGAGAAGUUGUGACAGGUCCAGGAAUAUUAUACAACACAACUCGUGCUUCAAGUCAGUUAGGUUGCGAAAGCAACUCUUGCAGUUAUUACUCAUAUGCUGAAAUUAAAGAAAAUAUGGUGAAUGCCACUUUCAGCCUUCAGGUGAAGCAUCAGCAGCACCAUGGAGACAUUGCAGCCUAUCGGAGGAUGUUUGAUGGCAACGUUGUAAGCACAUAUAGUAGAAUAUUGAAUAGCUUGUACUAUAUGGGAGUGAUGAUCGUGCGGGAAGUUCUGUGGUGA